UGCUGCUGCUGCUGCUGCUGCUGCUGCUGCUGCUGCUGCAGUGCCUCCUGCCCGCCAAUGAAUGUGCUAGCAGAUCAGAUGAGCCUGUUGUUCUUCUUUACCGGUCCUGCUGUCUGUCAGACGAUUGUCUCGGGUUUCCUCCACCCUCCCUCCUCUCCUGCCAGUGUCAACUUGUGGCUUUAGAUUUAAGGGGUUUGUCUGCCACUGCUCCAUCAAACAAGGUCUCUGAGGCAGCCGGAGAGAGCCGGACAGCAGCCAGCACUGAACAGACAGAGCUUUUCCUCCUCUCUGGUAGCAGCACCCUGUUCUGGACGCAGUUUUUGGAAGCCUUGCGAUGACCUGACCUGCAUGCUGUGACCUGUCACUUCUAUUCUCUGCAGUCACUGAAGGAAGAGGAGGAAAGCUAUACAGCACCCAAGAGAAACUGUACAGGAAACCUGUGGGAGAGGGAAACCCGCAGGCAUACUGGGCUGGCACACCUCCCUCCCUGUUGUCCAGAUUGCUACAGGCAAGGACUCCGCUUCCUGGCAAAAGCUCCCACAGCAGUUGUCAGCAGGACUGAAACCCAGACACCCAGACCGUGCAAGAAAUGGCUGAAGGGGAAAUCACAACGUUCACAGCUCUGACGGAGAAGUUUGAUCUCCCAAUGGGGAAUUACAAGAAGCCCAAACUCCUCUACUGCAGCAACGGAGGCCAUUUCUUGAGGAUACUUCCUGAUGGCAAAGUGGAUGGUACAAUGGAUCGAAAUGACCAACACAUUCAACUGCUGCUAAGUGCGGAAAAUUUGGGUGAGGUGUACAUAAAGAGCACAGAGUCUGGGCACUACUUAGCCAUGGAUGCCAAUGGCCGUUUAUAUGGCUCGUUGCCAGCGGAAGAGUGUUUGUUCCUGGAGAGGAUGGAAGAAAACCAUUACAAUACCUACACAUCAAAGAUGCAUGCAGAUAAAAACUGGUUUGUCGGCCUGAAGAAGAAUGGGAAAAGCAAACUGGGACCACGGACUCAUUAUGGUCAAAAGGCAAUCCUCUUCCUUCCCCUGCCAGUUUCACCCGAUUAGAUAGUUUCCCCACGUAGCAAAAUAGGUUCCUUAGAACGAAGCAGCCAGUAGACUUUUCCCUUUCCUUUCCUUUGAUUCUCCCUCCUGCUGGGGAACAUGAAAAAGAUGUGGGAGAUGAAAAAAAAAGUUGCAAAGCAAUUCCAUAAAACAUGCAUGUAUACAAGCAGAGUACACAGGCAUCUCAGAUGCACUGCCUCCAACAUGAACCAAGUCACUUAAUAGUCAUACAACAGAACGUACAUUGGUGUUCAGCUUCUACAGUCAUAUAUAUAGCAAAGCUCCCCUUUUUCUGAAACCCGCAUUUAAACAAUAUGAUCUAACUUCCAGACAGCUUUUUCAUAAUCCUUGUGUAUCACAUGGAAUCAUAACCAACAAUGCUGAAGCUAUCCUAUUAUUUAAAACAAAUUUAACUGUGUGCUUAUAGUACCAGGAUCCUUGCUUCUUAAAAAGUAACAUUGCUCUGGUUCUUGGUAAUAUUUCUGUAAUAUAUAUUUAUUUAUUAAUAAGACUGUAUACAAUCUACGUUGUUAGGCCAUUUUUAACUGUAGACAAUCAAUAUUGUGUAUAUUAGAUAAGACCAGUGCUUUUUUUCUGGGGGGAUGCAGGGGCACGCAUACCCCUGAACAUUUUGUGAAUCUAAGUUUGGCAUCGUUGAGGGGCAGUAUUUCAAUAUGAGUAGGAAAAUGAAAGUACCCCUAAACAUUUUUUUUUAGAGAAAAAAAGCACUGCAUAAGACAAAGGCACACCAGGAAUUAAAAUGAAUCCAAAAGAUCUUGAAUACUUUGGCAAGGAAAAUGAGCAAACACAGAACAAAUAUAAAAACACAGUGGAGCGUUUAUAUACAAAUGUAGCUCCAGUUGGAACCAAUGAAAAUUUAACCAUGAGCCAAAAUCCUGCUGAUUUCAAUGUGGCAUUAAAGAUUUGGUCUGCAGUGUGCUGAUGUGACACUUUGCCACACCCCUCGAGACCAGCGCAGUCUAUUGAGCCCCAGAAAAUCCCAGGCAAACCAAAGAACUGGAGUUGCAAGGCCCACAGGCCAUGUGAUAAAGGCUAACACUGCUUAUGGGUAGGUACAGCCCCCAGUUAGGAUGAGUGUUGCAGCUGGGCUUGGUGCUCCAGGCUGAUGGGGCUUUAUUCCACCAGUCACUGUAACAUGACAAGCUAUGUCAGAACCAAUGAACAACGUGCUCUCUGGUUGCCUGGUGUUUGGGGGGAGUGGUGGGGGCAAGGAGCUCUGGUAGAAAGCAGAUUUCCCUAGGGAGCAGAUUUACUGUACAUAAGUGUGAUAGGAAUUCAUUGUUCAUCUGUAGUCAUACUUUGCCACAUGUUUCAUAUUUCAUUUACUUACCGCAGACAUAAAAAACAACCAGCUUAACUGCAUACAAUGACUGUGUGGUUAAAUGACCGAAUUUCCAACGACCUCCUAAGAGAACUUGCACUUUUCUCUAUCCUUGUAAGAUGGAACCUUGUUGUGAUUUGCAGGUCAUAUCCCAGGUUUCUCGACCUCUUUGAAUUCCAUUGAUUUCCACGAUUUUGAAGGGUGGGCCUGUUUGCGUGCCAUUACUCUAGAAUCUAGAUCAUUAUAGAGGCUGUAGAGAUGCUGCAUUCAAUGUUGACUAAACACACAAAAGUGGGAGCAAAAUAAUGCACUUUGGCCCUGACCGAACCACCCCAUCCCCUAUCCCCAGCUAUAUGCAUUCAGCAUCAUUUCUCAAAAGAGCCUGUUUAUCUGCCUACAUUACAGGCAUAGCUCUAUGCUGAAGGAGAGGCCAAGACUAAUAGACAUAACAUCUGAAUGUAACACCUGCACAUUCUAGAGUGGUUUGGGGAUACAAUUGCAAAUUGACCAGUUGCAAAAUGACAGAUGAAUCACUUUCUUCCCUAGGUAUUAGUAAUCUGUAUUAUUUUACUGCAUUUCAAAAGCUGCUUGACCAGCUAUAUAUUUGGCAGGCCACAGUUCUUAGUUCCAAGGGGAGGCAAACUAUUCUAUCUUGCUGUUCCUAUUUCCGGAUUUCCCAGUGUGUUUUCCACAGCAGCAAAUCAGAUUAACUUCUGAUUAAACAUUCUGCCUUUCCCGAGUUUUAUUUUUAUCACUACUAAUUACAUUAAUUGUCGCUUACUACAAACAUGUCUCAAAGUGGCAUACUUUGUUAUAAAAGCAUACAAUAGAAAAUUUAAAGUGCAUCAAAAAACAAAAAUCAAUUGGCUAAAAGUGCUCAAAUCAAAGCUUUUGUAAUACACUAAUUUGCUGGCAAUCUGUUUUCUGUUGUAUUUCAACAUAUCUGGCACUACCAAAGGAUACCCUCAGUGCUUCCCCACUGUCAGUUCCUACAUCUCACACCAGUAAGGGUUGUUCAUGUCAUUACUUGAGUGUUUCCAAAAAGUCACACUUGGUUCCAGCACAAACCCAGACAUAGGGCAUUCUGUGUUACCCAUGGAACCAUCUGCUCCUAAACUAUCACUGCAGGUUUCUGAAAUCCUUUGGCCCAUUUGCUAAUCAUAUUCCUCAAUGGAUUAAAUAGUGGCCUUUUUGCAGGGAUGCGUUCUUGUGUCUGAUUAUUUUCUUGCUUUGGUAUCGGACAGGGAUCAUAUAACAACCAUAGGUGCAAGGGGUGGAGAGAGAUUUGGCUUAGACAAAUGCAUAGAGGGCAGGUCUAUCCCUCAGCAGCUUGUUGUUGUUAGUUGUUUAGUUGUGUCCAGCUCUUUGUGACCCCAUGGACCAGAGCCCGCCAGGCACUCCUGUCUUCCACUGCCUCCCGCAGUUUGGUCAAACUCAUGUUAGUAGCUUUGAGAACACUGUCCAACCAUCUUGUCCUCUGUUGUCCCCUUCUCCUAGUGCCCUCAGAGGACCACUACAUUCAGUGCCAAGAUGUUGGAGGAACCGUCUUCCAUUGCAAUACUCACAUUUUUAAGGGGAGGAAAAUGACAGCCACCUGUGCCAAUAAGCCCACCCAAAACAACUUGGAAUAAUUGCCCCAGACCUGGGUCCCUCACAUUCUAAGCACUAGCUCCAGAUAUCGCAAGGGUGUGAGUUAAGCUGCAUGCAACGAGGAAAAGCUUCCCAGCAUCACUAGCCUGGUAUUUGUGAACAGGAAGGAUUUCAGAUCAGACUAUGGUGGUCUUAGUCUGGCCCGGGGCUCAGUGGUGAUCUGUUCCGCAUGCAGAAAGUCCCAGGCUCAAUACCCAGGUAGGGACUAUAUUUUGGGAGGGGAAAUGAACAAAUUCUUAUGCCCCACAAAUAACACAGAGAUGCAUUUUAAAUAAAAACACACAUUUUACUCAUGUAAAAACACCAGGCAGGCCCCACAAAUAACCUAGAGAUGCAGUUUAAAUAAAAGGGCAUAUUCUUCUCAUGUAAAAACACACUGAUUCCUGGCCCCAUCCGCAGGCCGGAUUUAGAAGGCGAUUGGGCCGGAUCCGGCCCCCAAGCCUUAGUUUGCCUACCCAUGGUUAGACAGUCCUGACCGAGAUGUGUCAGGGGUCUGACUGAGCAUAAGGCUGUUCCCCAUGUUCCUAUCCUGAGCUUGAGCAAAGCCUACCCACCAAGUAUUUCCAAAAAGGGGGGGGGAACGUGUCAGGGUGCAAGUCCAGUUUACCUAACAUCCUGUCUCUAGUCUUAGCAUGUGGGAGGUAUUUCCAGGAUAGCAGCUAAAGGAAGGGUAUGUUGUUAUUUCUUGGACAGAGGACAAUUCAGGAAAUCCGUUCCUGUCCCAAGAUAGAAACUUUUCCUCAGCAAAGGAACAGAGUUCCACAGAACCAGAGUCUGCAAGAAAUAUGCCUCUGAUUCACAAGGCACUUUCUUAUUUGCUGGAAACUUCUUUUCUCCAGUGUGUGCGUGCAGGGUUUCGUUUUGUUUUUCUUACUUCUAUAAGAUACAAUUCAACAGUACUACAUUGCAGCAAGCACUUCGUUUGUCAAAUGAGAUCAGUGUUUCUUUCCCACCAUUCUGUUUUUCUUCUGUUUGUAAACUCCUGCCAAAUUUUCUUCUCGCUUACUUCUUCUCUGUUCCCAGUCGUCAUCCUCUCCGGGGAUUAAUUGUUUCUGUUGAAAUGUCCAGCUGUCUUUUCUAUGUGCAUUUGCUCCACCUGGCCUGCUGGAGACUCUCAUCUGAUGUAAUCCAAUCAAGAGGAGCUUCUCUGCUCUGUUUAUGCUCCUUCCAUACAGUCUUAUACAAACCGCUGGGACAGGAACUGACCAUGAGCUUGUCCGUGCUUCUACUUGUAACCUGCCUAGAAAAUGCGGAUCCGAGCAAUUUUCUCCUUGUCCUGCUCCUUUCCGAGGUAAAACCUGCUCUUUUGCAACAGAUUGGAACAAAUGGCAAUCCCAAAGCAACAACGUUGUGCUAUAAUUAUACAAUAAAACAAGGAUGGGGAACCUCUGGCCACGGAUGAAAACUUCUCCAUGACAAUACAUCCUUAAACAAAGAAAAUGGUUUCUCAGGAGAAGGCUAGAUAAGAACCCUUGCCCCUGACCUCUGCUUUUCUGUAUGCCCAUUUUUGCUUUGUUUAUAUAGAGGAAUAGUCAAUAAAACCUGUGGUUUGAAAUGGUGCAGAAUCCAUCCUACAACCUGUUCUGUGUCUUCCUUGAGCUGAGACAACUUUAUUCUGAGUAGAUCAAAGCGAUACAUGUAUGCAGACUCUAGGCAUGUUUUCAAAAAUGCUUAAGCAGCAAAAACAUGGAUCACCUCAUUCAACAGUGCAGUUAUUUUUUGGCUAGAAGAGUUAGAUUAUCCUUUUCCAUCAGGACACUUGUGAUUGUGUGUAUAUGCACCUGUCGGUUCUGCAGUGCAGCUUGAAAGCAGGUAUCCAAAUAUCUUAGCCCUCUUGGAUAUGAGCCAUCCUUACACAUAAACGACUUAGCAUUUAACUCCAUCAUUCAUUCACCUAGGUAAGGUUCACAUCCAUUAACCUGAUGCUGGAGUGGCUUAAUUUUGAUGGAUAAUAGCUGGAAGCCCAGGGAUUAAAAGAAGUGCAAGGACACAGUAGCAGCAACUUUUGCAAAGGACCAAAAGCGUGCACUAAAACUGAAAUGGAACUCUUUAAGUGCCACAGGGAAAAGGCAAAGGAAAGUGCAAGGAAGUCUUUAUGAAAGGGAGAUACAGUACUGUAGUCAUUCAGAGGUUAACAGAUUUGGAACAUGGCACGAGAAACUGCUAGAACUAGUUCAUGGGCCAUCUACAGCUAACCAGCAUAUAUAGUCAGGUUUUGCUACCAUAACACACACACACACACACACCUCUUUCAAA